UGUGUGUGUGUGUGUGUGUGUGUGUGUGUGUGUGUGUGUGUGUGUGUAUUUAUUUUCUGUAUUUGUUUAAUGUGAACCAGGUGGUCAGCAUCAUUGAGUCUCGGGCCAGAGGUUUGGACCUUCUGGCUCAUAACUACUACGAGCUGCUGUACUCGUUCCAUAUCAACAGACACAACUACAGAAAAGCAGGAACAGUGAUGUUUGAGUUCGGGAUGCGUCUCGGUCGAGAGGUUCGGACUCGUCUUGGUCUUCAGAAACAGGUGAACUGUUACCUGGCUGCUCUCAACUGUCUCCGUCUCAUCAGACCAGAGUACGCAUGGAUCGUCCAGCCGGCCUCCGGAGCUGUGUACGAACGUCCAGGAGCUUCUCCAAAGAGGAACUCUGACGGAGAGUUUUCUUCUGAACCAGUCAAACAUCAGGUGGACAUUCUGGAGCUGAAGGACCUGGAGAAGGAAUACAUCUUGUCUCGUAGCCGUCUCACGCUCGCUCAGUACCACCCACCAUCUGCUGCUAUCGCUGGUACACUGUUAACACCUUCUACACCGUUAGCACCUUCUACACCGUUAGCACCGUCUACACCUUUAGCACCUUCUACCCUUUUAACACCUACACCUUUAACACCUUCUACUCUUUUAACACCUUCUACUCCUUUAACACAUAUAUAUACAGUUGUGUGAAAGUGUUUGCCCCCUUCCUGAU